AUGUUGGGUCCUAAGGGUGGCAUGAAUUGGAAAGCUACAAAGGCACAAUUACCGCCUGCGAGAGCGAUAUGGGUUUUCCUUACAAGGACGCGAUUUUUACUCUGUGUAGCAUUGGCUGGUGUUGUUAUAUUACUAUGGAGAGGAAUUAUGGUUGUAAAUUCGAGCACCAUUAAAAGUGUUGACCUCAAUCCCAUUCGAUCCACCACGAAAGCAAUUGCAAAUGAAGAACGAAUUUUGAUUUUGACCCCUCUCCGAGAUGCCGCGUCAUAUUUACCAAAAUACUUCGAUUUACUCUCACUCUUGUCAUACCCACAUCAUUUGAUAGAUCUUGCUUUCUUGGUUGGUGAUUCAUCCGAUGACACUCUUGCUGUUCUUGCAGCAGAACUCGACAGAGUUCAAGACGGAAAGGAAACUGCGGCAUUCAACAGUGCUUUGAUUGUUCAAAAGGACUUUGGUGCGGUUUCGGGUCAAACCGUUGAAGAACGUCACGCAUAUGCGGCACAGGCACCUCGAAGGAAGAUUAUGGCUCGUGCCAGAAACUACCUCCUCUCUACGGCGUUGAAACCGGAACAUUCAUGGGUAUACUGGAGAGACGUGGAUAUCGUCGAUAGCCCUGAGAAGAUCAUUGAGGAUUUCAUUGCUCACGACAGAGACAUCAUUGUACCAAAUGUUUGGUUUCAUCGAUACCGUGAUGGGGUUGACAUUGAGGGUCGAUUUGAUUACAACUCGUGGAUCGAAUCGGAUAAAGCACUCAAGUUGGCCUCAAAGCUUGACAAGGAUACAGUUAUUGUCGAGGGUUAUAAGGAGUUCGAUACCGGUCGCACUUACAUGGCUUUGAUGGGUAACUGGAGAGAAAACAAGGAUGAGGAAGUUAAGCUCGAUGGUAUUGGAGGAGUCAACAUCAUUGUGAAGGCAGAUGUCCAUAGAUCAGGAAUUAACUUCCCGGCCUACGCAUUCGAAAACCAAGCCGAGACUGAAGGUUUCGCAAAAAUGGCCAAGAGAGCAGGUUAUGAAGUUAUUGGGUUACCCAACUAUGUGGUCUGGCACAUGGACACGGAGGAGAAACCUGGUAACAAUGUUUGA